GAGAGGGACAGAGUAACUGCUAUCUAGCUUAGGUAGCAGAUUCUUCAUCCAUGGCGGAGGCGGCAAUAACUGCGGUGCUUUCCAAGCUUGGUGAGCUAGCGGUGAGCGAGGCCAAGAUACUGCUUCAGGUCGGCGACGACAUCAUAAUACUGCGCGACCGGCUGGAGUGGCUCCAAGCCUUCGUCCGCCACGCCGACCGGAAACGUCGGGCCGGCACCGACGGGUUAACCCGCGUGUGGGUGCGCCAAACGCGCGAUGUUGCCUUCGACGCCGAGGACGCGCUCGACGACUUCUUCCACGAGGAGGUGCGUCUGCCUUCUCCUGCUUACGUUUUUAUUUUGUUCCCCUGCUUACGCUAACAAAGCAAUUACUCCGUAGUUGUUUUGUGUA